ACUAAUACAAUGUUAUACGGCGAUUACAUUUCAAUAAAACUUGGAGGGGGGGUAAUCCAAGACAGAAAAAGAUGGAGAAGGAGACAGUAUCACAUAGGCAGUUUGCUGAGGACCCACAGCCUGACACAUCUCCUACAAGAGUCUUAAACUGAUUUGCAGACUCAAUUUCCCAGGCAUCUAAGAGGCAAUACCACCCCCUGGUGACCAAGAGGAAAACGGCACCUCCCCACAACAGAAAACACUCCCUAACAGAUCGUCACCAGAGUCCCAGGAUUCCUCCCAGCUUAAAAAUUCAGGAGACCGAAACGUUUAUUCUUUUAAAUGAUGUAGAUGUUGGGGUUGACUAAUAAGAUGCAUAAAUUUAUGGAAACCGGCAAGAGAAAACUAAAACUGCUCCAGGUGAGGAUCGAACUCACAACCUCGGCAUCGCUCCGCUCGCACUGUUAUAUAAGUACCGCGCGCUAACCGAUUGCGCCACUGGAGCUUCGGCCGCACCCUUGCGCCGCGGGGUCUUUCAGUCAUUUCUGGCCACGUGACCUUGAUGGACUGCUCCGCCUCGUCUUUGCAUAUACAAAUAGGAAUCUUUGGAUUGGCCAAUAGGAGAAAGUGCGUUACCAGUUCCGGAUUCUCACGCCUGGAAGGCUCUUGCUGUAAAAGGGAAAAGUCCGCGAGGCUUUUGGAAUGUGGGGGUGUAGCCUGCCUGGGAUUCGCCUUCUCAUGAAUAUUCAGAAGCCAGAGAGGCGGGGUCUUAACCCUUCUCUGGCUGGCCGGCCGGAAGGCGGCCCCUCCCCCCUGCGGGCGGGAACAGGAUAUGAGCCCGGGCGGCUGGGGGGAGGGGAAGCCCCAGGCGACCGCCCCCCCCGCCCCACUGCUGGGACCGGGCUCUCCAGCCACAGAUGUAUGUGGCGCUGCCGCCGCCAGAGCCGACGCCACCCAUCCCGGAGCCUGAGGGGUCCACAGUCGCAGACUCCAGCCUCCCGAAACUGCACCGCAUCCUGAGGGACCCCGAAGCCCAGGCCCCAGCGUCCAGGCUAGCGGACCCCAGAUAUCCAGGUGCCCAGCGCCCCCUCCUGGAGGAGCUAGGAGUCCGGGACAUCAGCGCCGCGCGACCCUGGAGGCCGAGCUUCCUGCACCCGGUUUCCAAGAAUUUAGGAUCCUAGACCGGAGAUUCCCUCCAGAGUUUCCCAGAAAGCUGAGCCCAGAACUCCCGGGGUUUGAGGAACUUGGGAUACGGACUCCUAGCGCCCCAUCCAGCCCGUUUGGGGUUGAAGCGCCAACUACUUCAAGAGGACCCUGGAAUUUGGGGCUCCCUGCGCUCCCUCCUGGAGGAGGUUUAAUCCCUGCUCUUAGAGUUAGGGGAACUAAGGAAUCCGGCCCCCCCACCCCACGGCCCCAUCUAGAAGACUCAGGAAUUUGGGUUCCCAGCACCCCUAUCUGAGACUCAAGAGUCGAGGCCCCCAGCAUCUUCCAUUUAGAGGACCAAAGAAAUUUGGACCACUGCACCCCAUUCUCCGAGAGACCCCGGAUUCUGGUUCCCGGAUCCUGAGAGCCCGAAGUUCAAACCCCUGAUUUGCAGAGACCCAGGAGUCCCGGCUCUGAGCCUCCCCGGGGACCGUGCUAGGGUCGAAUAGGAACUGGGCUGCCUCGGUUCGGGGCUGGAGACUCCCCGGGAGGUGAGGGGGGAGGCGAGGGGCCCCGACGGGUUGGGGGAGGGGGCGGCGCCGGCUGCCGCUGAACAAUGAGGGGGCGUGCCGGCGGGGGGCGAGCGGAGGAGCUGGCGGGAGUUGGGGGCUAGAGGGGUGUGGGGAGGCGCUGCAGGGGAACUGCGGCGGUGGGAACAGUGAGCGGAUCGCGGAGGGACUGGCUGGAGGGGGUCGAGAACUCAGGGCCAGCGCCCCAACUCGCAGACCUCCGCGGGGGAGGGAGCCGUCUGCAGGACCCUGGCAUCCGGUCCCCCAGCCUCCUCCGCCCUCCCCUGGGACCCCGCGGCCUCCCGCCCACGGCUUUUUCCCAGCCCUGCCCCUCGCCCUCGGCUCCAGCCAGAGCCCAAACGUUCCCAGGAUCCCUGAGCCUCCGGCCCCAGACACACCAGACUCACAGCUUGGACGACUCUUUCGCUCGCUUUACUCUUUUGUCUCACCCUUUCCAUCUUUUUCUCAGUGUUAUCUCUCCUUGCUCCCCUCUUUCUAUCACUUUGCCUCUGUCUCCCCCAAUAGUUACUCCCAGGGCCCCCUCCCAGGAUUUAGACCACACUGUUCAUUCUCAGCCCCCAGCCUCUGAGCGUGGGGGGCAGGGAGGCCUAUGGGGUCCCGAUAUCCAGGAAGCGGGUCUUUCUGCAGAAGCCGCUGAGCCACUCAGCCAUGCCCGAAGGAGCCCGUGGACUGGGCCUGUCCAAACCCAGCCCUAGCCUCGGCCGCAGAGGUGAAGUGUGUGACUGUGCAGCCGUGUGUGAGACUCGGACAGCAGCCCCUGCAACCCCCGCCAUGGCCUCCCCCCGAGGUUCUGGGAGCUCCACAUCCCUGAGCACAGUGGGCUCAGAGGGGGACCCGGCUCCGGGGCCCACCCCAGCCUGCUUGGCCUCCAGGCCAGAGCCCCUUCCAGGGCCCCCCAUCCGCCUGCAUCUGUCGCCCGUGGGGACCCCAGCUUCGGCGAAACCCUCGAGGCUGGAGCGUGUGGCCCGUGAGAUCGUGGAGACGGAGCGGGCCUAUGUCCGGGACCUCCGCAGCAUCGUGGAGGACUACCUGGGCCCUCUGCUGGACGGCGGGGUCCUGGGGCUGAGCGCGGAGCAGGUGGGCACGCUGUUUGCCAACAUUGAGGACAUCUACGAGUUCAGCAGCGAGCUCCUGGAGGACCUGGAGGGCAGCAGCAGUGCCGGGGGCAUCGCCGAGUGCUUCGUGCAGAGGAGUGAGGAUUUUGACAUCUACACGUUGUACUGCAUGAACUACCCGAGUUCCCUGGCCCUGCUCCGGGAGCUGUCAGUGUCUCCGCCGGCAGCCCUGUGGCUGCAGGAGCGCCAGGCCCAGCUCCACCACUCACUGCCCCUGCAGAGCUUCCUGCUGAAGCCUGUUCAGCGCAUCCUCAAGUACCAUCUGCUGCUGCAGGAGCUAGGCAAGCACUGGGUGGAGGGCCCAGACGCCGGGGGCCGCGAGAUGGUGGAGGAGGCUAUCGUGUCCAUGACAGCGGUCGCCUGGUACAUCAAUGACAUGAAACGCAAGCAGGAGCAUGCUGCGCGCCUCCAGGAGGUGCAGCGGCGGCUGGGUGGCUGGACCGGUCCGGAGCUCAGUGCUUUUGGCGAGCUGGUGCUGGAGGGUGCGUUCCGAGGUGGUGGAGGGGGCGGCCCCCGACUUCGAGGGGGUGAACGGCUGCUCUUUCUGUUCUCACGGAUGCUGCUCGUGGCCAAGCGCCGGGGACCAGAAUACACAUACAAGGGCCACAUCUUCUGCUGCAACCUGAGCGUGAGCGAGAGCCCUCGAGACCCUCUAGGGUUCAAGGUGUCCGAUCUGACCAUUCCCAAGCACAGGCACCUGCUCCAGGCCAAGAACCAAGAAGAGAAGAGGCUGUGGAUUCACUGUCUCCAGCGCCUCUUCUUUGAGAAUCACCCCGCCUCCAUCCCUGCCAAGGCAAAACAAGUUCUCCUUGAAAACAGCCUGCACUGUGCUCCUAAAAGUAAGUCUAUCCCAGAGCCCCUGACACCUCCACUUGGGUCUCCCCGACCUCGAGAUGCUAGAAGUUUCACCCCUGGACGAAGGAACACAGCUCCACCUCCAGGACCCACCACUACCCGCCGUGGCCGCAGACAGUCUGAGCCCCUGAAGGACCCUUACGUCAUGUUUCCACAGAACGCUAAGCCUAGACUCAAGCACACUGGCAGUGAGGGGGAGCUCUACCCGCCCUUAGAGCCUCUGCCACCAGUUCCAGCUUCUGAACCCCCUGAGGACCUGGAGGACACUGGGCCCCCCUCGCUGGACCCCUCUGGGACCUCAAUCACUGAAGAAAUCCUGGAGCUGCUGAACCAAAGAGGCCUCCGGGAUCCAGGGUGCCCACUACAGCCACACCCCCAUGACAUUCCCAAGUUCCCCGGAGAUUCCCAGGUGCCAGGCGACAGUGACACCCUCGCAUUCCAAGCCCUGCCCAGCCGGGACUCUUCAGAAGAGGAGGAGGAAGAAGAGCUGGAUAUGGAUGAACGGGGCCCUUCCCCACUCCACGUCCUAGAGGGGCUCGAAAGUUCCAGUGCGGCUGAAAUUCCUGACAUUCCCAGCCUUUCCAAAAAUCCUGAUGUACCCAACCUCCCUGAAAUUCCCCGCCUUUCUGAAAUUCCCCAAAUGCCCCGCCUUCCCAGUCUCUCUGACAUUUCCAGUGUUUUUGAAAUGCCCUGCCUUCCAGCCAUACCUAGUGUCCCCGACAUUCCUAGUCUUUCCAGCUCUCCCACCCUCCCCUGUGACUCCUGGCUCCAGGGACCUCUGCAGGAGCCGGAUGAGGCUCUAGCCACCAGGAGAGAACUCUUCCCUGGAAGCAGUUCUGGAAAACUGGGAGAGCCCUCCUCAGAAAGCAGGGCAGGGCAAGAGGAGGAUGAAGGAGUAUCAUACCCAGAUGGCCAGCCCCGGGAUGUCACCCAAGAUCAGGGAUUCCCGGAGGAACUGGAGUUCCGCUCUUGCUCAGAAAUCCGGAGCGCCUGGCAGGCUCUGGACCAGGGGCAGCUGGCCCGGCCAGGUUUCCCAGAGCCACUGCUGAUCCUGGAAGAUUCAGAUCUAAGUGGAGGCAGCGGAAGCGGGAAGGCAGGAGCCCCAACUUCGGAGAGGUCAGCGUCCCGAGUGCGAGAGUUGGCCCGACUUUACAGCGAGCGGAUCCAGCAGAUGCAGCGGGCUGAGACCCGGGCAUCAGCCAACGCCCCCCGCCGCCGGCCACGGGCUCUGGCCCAGCCGCAGCUGUUGCCCUGCCUGCCCCGUGAGCAGGCUGAGCCAGGGCCCCUGCCCGCCUUUGGACAUGUGCUCGUAUGUGAGCUGGCCUUCCCGCUGACCUGUGCCCAGGAAUCUGUCCCCCUAAGCCCUGCUGCCCAGGUUCAAGCUGCCACAGCUGUGACUAAGCAGGGAGGCUGCCUGGACGGCCAGGGUCUAAAUGUUUCAAGUUUGCCUGAGCAAGAAGACUAUCUGGGCAUCCAGGUUCCAGCUGCUACCCCUGUGCCUGAGCAAGGAGGCCUCUGGAAUACCCGGAUUCCAGCCACCACACCUUUGCCCGAGCAGGAAGGCCCCCCCAACGGCCAGGUGCCAGCUGUUACAACUCUGCCGGAUCAAGAAGCCCACCCGGAAAUCCAAGUUCCAGCUGCCACUACUCCUCUGCCCGGGCAUAGAGGCCACGUGGAUAUACCGGUUCCAUCUACCACCUCUUUUCCUGAGCAAGGAUGCCACGUGGACAUCCAAGUUCCAAUCACCCCAGCUUUGCCUAAGCGGGGAAGUUGCUCCGAUGUCAUGGUUUUAGCCGCCGCUCCUACGCCCAAGCGAGAAGGCCACCUGGACAGCCAGAGCCCGACCAACACCCCGUCAGCGAAGCAAGGAGAUUCUAGGGAUGUUCGGUUCCCAGCCACUGCCUGUGGCCAAGGCGUCAAUCCUUUGCUUACACACAGAAGCAGCCUGGACCCUCAGAUCCCAGCUGACACCCCACUGCCCUUGCAACAUGACCUCCCCGACAUUCAGGUUCCGGGUACCUCACCUUUGCCUGCACCUGGAGGCCACCUAGACCAUCAGACCCCAGCCAACACUCUGCCGUCCUCGCCCCAGGACCUCCCACACUUUCAGGUUCCAGCCGCCACACCUUUCCCGCAGCCACAAGGCCUCACGGACACCCAGGUCCAAGCCCUCCCACCUUUGCCCCAGCAGGGAGGCCUCCCGGACGUCCAGGGUCCAGCUGCUGUGCCUCUGCUUGAGGAGCAAAGCCUCACAGACCUCCAGGUUCAGAAACUGACACCUUUGUUGGAGCAGAAGAGCCUCACCAACGACCAUGUUCCAGCUGCCCCGCCUUUGCCUGAGCGAGGAGGCCCUCGGGACAUUCAGGGCCUGUUACCCACCCGAGUCCAGACCACGGUGGUUUUGUCUAAACAAGGAGGCCACGCGGUCUCUCACGUUGCCAGGUCAGAGUCUUCAGACUUGAGCCCACCCCACAGCCCCCCACUCGCAACCCGGCAGCUCCUGGGCUCCAACGCAGCUGCCCUCUCAAGAUACCUGGCAGCCUCAUACAUCAGCCAGAGCCUGGCACGGCGGCAAGGGCCUGGAGGAGAGGCUCCCCCAGCCUCCCGGGGCCCUUGGUCCUCCUCCGCCCCCACGUCACGGGCACCUUCACCGCCACCCCAGCCUCAACCCCCAGCGCCCCCAGCCAGGAGGCUCAGCUAUGCCACCACGGUCAACAUCCAUGUCGGGGGUGGCAGGCGGCUACAGCCAGCCAAGGCCCAGGUCCGGUUGAACCACCCUGCUCUCUUGGCAACCCCCCAGGAAUCGGUGGGCCUUCGCAGAGCCCAGGGGGCCCCCGAUGCCCCUUUCCCCAUGUGAGCCAGGAUGUUGGGCUUCUUGAAAAGCAGAGGCUUCAGCCAGAUGCCACAGACCCUCAGAAUUCACCUGGAAGUCCAGACGCUGAACACAGGUCUAAAAAUUGCCACAGCUUUCCAACACCUGGAGUCUUUGGCGAAUGGGCCUUAUUACUUAACCUGGAUUAACCCAACAGGGAUGGGGAAGGGGAUGUCAUUAAUAUUUUGUUAAUUAAUAUUAUGAAAUUAUGUAUCUUUCCCCAUUCUGGGGGCCGUGGGGGAUGACAGAAGACAACAGUGAAUGGGGAGGUCUGAUACAGCACAAAUCAGUUGUUCUGAAAAUUUGGGGAAUCUCAAACUCCUUUGAGAAUUACUGAAGACUGGACCCAUUACAGUUUGGUGUAUGAUUUUAGAGGAUUUAUGAACUGCUUGAUGCCUAUCCAGGAAGGCCAAGUUAAGAAGCUUUUUCCCAAGCACACCCCUCAAAAUUCAUUCCCUUAGCAGUUUAUCCACUUGAUGUGUCCCACCAUCACCUAUCCCUCUCAUCUGCUUGGCCAAUUCUAUCCACCCGGCUAUCUCUCCGUCAUCUGCCUCUGUCCGUCUUCCAACCCAUCAUCCCACCCAUGUCUUGCUUUAUUCAACUUUCUCUACCCUAGUCAUCCAUCAUCCUACCCCACCCCCCAUCUAGCACCCGUUCCUCCGUCAAUCCACUCAUCUAUCAUCCCACCUGUCCAUCUCCUCCAACCAACUCUCUCCAUUCAUCCAUUUGUCCCUCCAUAUUCCCAUCUAUGUCCAUUCAUUCAUACACCUCAUCACUCAACCAUCUCCUAAUCCAUCAAGCCAACCAUCCACUUAACCAUCUCUGCCACCAUCCAUCCAACCAUUUUAAUCUCUUUCCAUCCAUCCCUCCUUAAUUGGAUUCUUCUGGGUCUUGGUACUACAAAAUUUCAGAGACGGUUCCCUGCUAACGCCAAAAUGGAUCAGGUUCGGGGUUCUGGCAGAAGUGUCCCACAUCUGCCUUAUUUCUCUUGGCAACCACUCUCCACCCUCUUAAGUAUUCCAGUUCUUGUAUCAGAUCGCUUUACCCCCUCUCUCUAGUUGGGGACCUCUACAGUGCCUCAAUAUGCCCCCACACCCCAAAGUAAUUCAGGUCUUAGGGACAAAGGCUUUUAUAUGAAGAUCGUUCUGGCCCCCUCCCAGCAGUGGUAUGCCCGGUGAGCAGCACAGUUUAAGCAGUUUCUUUGGUAAUAUUAGCUGCUUUUAUUGAACCCUUAACCUCUUGUGCUUUAGUGCAUCUGUUUAGUCUUCCCUGGAAUUCUGAGACACCACAGCAUCACGGCUGAGUUGAAGUCCCAGCUUUUCUAGUACUUGGUGUGUUAACUUCCCUUCGAGCCUGGGUUUCCUCACCUGUACAAUGAGGACAGCAGCAUCUGCCUCGCAGGACCAUCGUAAAGUUUCAGUGAGCGUAUCCUUACUUCCCAGAUGUGUUUAAGCCUGACUCACCGAGGCACUGUUCACAUCAGAUGCCCCAGGAUCUAGUCCCAACCCAUGGAAUGGGAACCUCCAAGGCAGGAGCCUAAGAAUCUGGUUUUAACAAUUAACAGCAACAACAAAAAAUGCUGUUACUACUAACUGCAUACCACAGGCAUUAGUCACUUUAUUUGAACUCAUUCACUUUGAGUCCUCACAUCCCUAAAAGGCAAGUGAGGAUGAUUUUUACUCCCCACUUCAGAGAUGAGGAAACUGAGGCACACAGAGGAUAAGGGACUUGCCCAGACAAGUGGGAGGGGGCGGAGCGGGGACCCAUCCACGCCGCCAAGCCCGUCGGCGCUUUUACUUGAGUGCGUCAGGCGCUAUUCUUGUCACUGGGGGCGCGACAGGGAACAGUUCCUUGCCCACAAGGGGCUUGCAGCCUGGUGCUCCAAAGGCCCCAGCUGAUUGGUCAUUAGCUGGGUAAACUGAUAAGUCCUGGCUCGGCAAGCGUUAGCUGCUGGCUUCCAUUCAGUUAUUGAGUGGUCACCAUGCCAUAUACCAGGGCCUGGGCUGAGUCGGGCUUCUUAGCCUGGACCUGCUCCACUGCAGCCUCCCAACAAAGGUCAGGACUGAGGCUGGCCCUCCCCUCUUCCGCCCCCGGCUGCACAUUCCCAGCUGAAAGAAAGUUCCCAGCCCGGCCUGGGCUCCCAGCGGUGCCCGGAAUUCCCGGUAUUUGAGGAGGCAGCAGGGAGGAAGAAGGAGGCUGUCUACUCCGAGGCUUGGAGUGAGGAAGGAGGCAAAAGCCCCCUCAGCCACUCCAAUGCGUCCCAGCUGUGCCUCUGGGAGGGGGCUAGGAGUCUCAGUAAGGGGGUCUCUGGACCCCGUGGGAAAACCCUGGGCAUUAGGCCUGCCUCGGCCCCUCCUACUCCCUGCCCCUGAAUUCCAUUCCUCCUGCCUGCCCAACUCCUACCUCUGCUUCGUGACCCCAGCUCCAACGCCUCCUCAGGAAUACCUUUCUUGCUGGUCUACUACAGCCUGCCUUUUGUAAACUGUCUUUAGGGCUGCAGUUACGACAGGCUGGAAAAGGGAAAGGGCAGCUGUCCACUGCCUUCUUUGGGACACUGCUGCCCUCCUUGGGAUGUUUAGGUUAAUGCCAGCCAAACCCAGUUAACCCGAGUUAACUCCAGCUCCAGUGCAAAACUUGGUGAGGUAGUUAUUUAGCCACUAGGCUGACUUUCUCACCAGCUAACACGAAGACACCUGCCUGUCACCAACCUCACAGGGAUGUUGUAAACACUUAGCUUGGCAACCAGCUGGAGCUCAAGCAACCCCACUCUCCACCUGUAAGCACUUUAUUUGCAUAUGUUCUCUGUACACCAGGGCUGUCCCACAGAACUGCCUGUCAGUGACAAUGUCCUCGUCAGUGCAGCCCAGCUUGGCGGCCACAUCUGGCUACGGUUUUGGUAGGGCAGACAUACGAAAAGGGCAACUAGCCAGUAAAUCCCAAGGUCCUUCUUUUAUAAAGAAAAUGUGUGAAACUACUCCUUGAUUAAGUGUGUAAUGAUGUUCUCGCCAGUACUCUGAGCAGGGGGAGUAGUGAGGAAGCCCACUUGGGGGCAGAUCGCUUAAGUAUCCAGGUUGGCUGCAAAGGCUGGUAUGGAAGCACACAGAUGCCCUUCCCACCCCAAUGAUGUUCACUAGCUUCCUUUAAAAAUGGGGAAAGAAACUGAAGGCAACUAAAUUCACGAACAACACUUGCCUAUGCAUAAACGAGGGCCAUCAUCCCACAGAGCUUUCUUCCACGAUGCAAGUGCUCUAUCAUCUCUGCAGCCCAGUGGUAGCAACUGAGAGCCCACCUAGGUCAGCUAUUAUCAUCCCAUGGCAGAUACAACAGAUGAACAAGCCCUCAGACCUGUAUGUUCCCAGGCCCACAAGAACAGUCACCACACUGAGCAUAACUGGGACCUGCUUUAAGGAGGCCACUGGGGGUGCGGCAGACUUUCUCAGGAGUUACUGUUGACAUCCCGAAGGAUGCGGCCAGUCGGGGAAAUCAUGCGCCCAUCCACAAUGGGGUGAUUACAGCCCCCUGCCCCAAUCUCAAUCCCAUCUACGCUACAGGUUGGCCUUAAGAAAAAUUCCUUCCCCAACACGGGCAUGGAUGGCUCUUAGUUGCUGACUUAAAAGACUCCAUCCAAGCAGUUUCGCCUCACUUUGUAGUAAAGAUUAUUGAUCUUACACGUUUCCCCUGCUCUUCUCUGACAUGUCAUUAAAACAGCAAAGAGACUUCCCUGGUGGCACAGUGGUUAAGACUCCACAUUCCCAAUGCAAGGGGCCUGGCUUCGAUCCCUGGUCAGGGAACUAGAUCCCACAUGCCGCAACUAAGACUCGGCAAAGCCACAUAAAUAAAUAUUUAAAAAUAAAUAAAUAAAACACCAGCAAAAAGAUUGGAAAAAAAAAACAAACUCACAAGGAUACCCCACACAACCAAUGACCUAGAACCACGCCCACCUCAGCUGUGCCAACACACUGGACUCUACUGGAGGUGCACAGAAACUGAGACCAGGUCUGCUCCCACCAGCCUCUCCAACCCAACCCAUCUCCU